AGGGAGUUCUUGGGAGUGUGUUGUUCUCUGUGUGCAUGAUUUUUUGUCAUGGUAUCAGAGCAAAGUUCCGAUCUUGGUUUCUGACUGCUCUAUAUUUUGGUGGUAUUGUUUUUGAAAAAUGUCAGGUUCUGAGAAGGGAUCCAAACCAGAAGAACAAACCAACACUGCAACCUUAAUUGAGCAAAUGGCGAAGAUGAUGACUCAAAUGGCAGCUAUGCAAGCUGCUGCCAUGAGUAACCCUCAACCGGUGACACACAGCGUUGCCAUAACAGAGGGAGGUAGGCAUUCAAAGCCGAUUGAUGUGAAGAUGGAUGGCACAAACUACACCUACUGGUGUCAGGCCAUAGAGAUGUAUGUCAAAGGUCGUGAGAGGAUGAGACACCUGACGGGUACCCCGGCACCGCCUGGUAUGAAUGAUCCGGAGUUUAGCAAAUGGGAGGUCGAUGAUGUGAUUGUCAAGGGAUGGCUCAUAAACUCUCUAGAACCAAGGUUACAAAGCAAGUACAUCCGUCAUCCUACAGCAAGAGACGUUUGGAAAGCGUUAGAAACCACCUACUAUGACGGAAGUGAUGAGGUACAGGUUUUUUCACUCAACAGAAGGGUCACACGCCUCAAGCAAGAAGGGAAGAAUAUUGAAGAAUUUUACGAUGAGCUUCAAGCAUUAUGGCAAGAGAUUGAUUUUAGAUGCCCAAACCCCAUGGAUACCCCAAAUGAUAUUGAGAAGUUUAAUCUCUUUAUUCAAAAAGCGCGAGUAUAUACUUUCCUCGAUGGUCUUGAGGAUCGUUUUGAUGCAAUUCAGGCUCAAGUUCUUCAACUAAAACCAUUCACAACAAUAGAACAAGCCUUCGGUCAUGUGAGACAUGAAGCAACUCGACAAAGUGUGAUGAUGAAAGAAUACAACGAUGCCACAACAAACUCACUCGCCAUGGCAACAAAGGGGUACAGAUCAUAUGAGGUAAAUCCAAACUCAACUAAAAAAUUUGGGUUUACUGACAAGUCUAAGUUGAAAUGCUCAAACUGUGGUGGCACGAGACAUACGAGAGAAGGUUGUUUUGAGUUGAUCGGUUAUCCAGACUGGUGGAAAGAUCCAAGAAAAAAGAAACAAGGAGAUAACAGCCGAGGCCGAGCAAGCUUAGUAGUUUCCAGGGAACCUCAGCAAACAGGCGUCAAAGAGACAGACAACCUCUCUCAUGUUGACCGCAGGUGUGUAGCAGCCACUACUCAAGUCCGAAGGGAACAAACUGACCAUACUCAAGCUCCUGACACGGCGCAAACAUACUGUGCAACAGGUACUGAUCAAGGGGAGCAAGGCAAAGGAUAUACUCUCGGGAGAGACGAUUGGCCAUGGUACUAAACGGAAUGGACUGUAUUAUUUGGAAGAGUUGAAGACAGGGAGAGCUUGUCUUACCUCAGAAAUUGGAAAUGUUCAAAGAAAUAAAGUGC